AUGGCGGGGAACAAUAACCUGGAGGGACACCUGACGCAAGUCAUCCAGCACCACGUGACGCAGCCGAGCGCGGAGGCCCAGGUCAGCGUUCACCAGGUGCAGACGGCGUCCGGGAGCGGGAAGCGCCACCAGAUCAUCAUAGACAUCAAGCAGGAUAUAGACAUGGACGAGAUGUCGACGCGGUCGCUGGCGGAGAGCGUGAUGGAGACCCUGGGCGCGCGGUCUGCAGCCGUGUACAUCGACAAUUCGCACGUCCAGGGCGAAUCGGAUAUGGAGUCGCUGACGACUGUCAAUGUGAUCGUGGCGAACGAUCUGAGCCAGACGCUGAGCCCCCGGCGCGAAGAGGCCGAGGAGGAGACGCCGGCGGAGAGUUCUGGGAUUCUACCAGGGAACAGGAUAGCGGUGGAUCGAAUUGUGGAGAUGACGAACGCGACGUCCAACGAGAAUGCGUCGACCAGCUUAUCGAUAACAACGGCUGCCAGCACUACUGCAUCAGGUAAGCUACUGACACUAUAG